AUGACAAAAGAUAAAAGAGACGUUUUUAAAUUAAUAAUUUUCGCUUCAGAGCACACUUUCUGCAACUUUCCGCCCGCCAAGUUCAAAGUUUUUUUUGCUUCCGCUCAUUUUUUUUUUGAUGUGUUUGUUUUGUUCAUUUGAUAUAUAUAGCUUUCACUCAGUCUCUUUGAAAUUGAAAACAUUCCCUUUUCCUACUUUUUCUUUUUCGAAUAAACUACAAAUCUACGUUUCAACUUUUAUUUUUUGUUUCUCCUUCACCAAACAAACAAUAAAAGCGAAAAAAGCGUGUCAAAACGCAUGAAUAACAUAUCGGGACUAUAGCUUUUUCCAUCAAUUUGAAGGGCUUGCCCAACUUUUUUGCUUCCAACGAUAUUCAUUUGUAUCAACUAAUUCCAUUUUUCUCUAAUUUUCUGCCCAUUUUUUCGGUUGGGCCCAUUCAAUUAUUUUUGUUUUUCGUGCUCACAUCGCUAAUGGGCAUUGAAUUCGAUCUCGUUUUUUAGUUAUAUAGAUAUAUAUAUGUCUACGUUAUUCGAUCGCAUCUCGCCGUAAUAACACGUUUUUUCUUGUAAAAAAUGGGAAAUUUUCCAGGUAUUUGACGGCGGCUCUCGUUGGAUUUUCGCGGUCCACAGAGCAUUUAUUCCGUUGGAUUUUGGGUGAAAGAACGGCAUGGAAAUAGCGUCGGCCUGAAAUUUUCCACGCUUUUUUCUCCGCCCCCCCAAAACAAGAACAUCUUGGUGAUUUUUAACAGAAAAUUAUGGAAAAUGAAGAUUUUUAAGAAGUUAUAUUGAACUGAAAUUGCUUUUUUUAUUUUUCUCGUUAUUAAAAAUUUUAGUCGAUUUUAAAUAUUGCUCUUUUUUUUAAAGAAAAGUCGUUUUUGAUCCUUUUUUGGUGAAAAUUGAUCAUUAAGAAGUUUUUUUGUUAAUAUCAAAAAAACACGUAAUUUCCCUCAUUUCUUAUCUGAGCUCCUUGGGUCGGGACUUCGGAAGUUUUUUUGAUGAUUACUUUUUGAAAAUGAUGUAUUUUUUUAAGCAAUAUUUUUUUCAAAAAAACACGAAAAAUUAUUCAAGAAUUUCAUAGGAGUGUACUUGAAUUUUUACAAGAAAGCUUCAAAAUUCAUGAAAAAAAUGCUAAAAAUGAAAUAAAUUCGUACUUUCGAGCCCUCAAAAAAAGCGGAAAAAAAGCGAUUAUUCCCGUCAUUUGAAUAAUGUAAUUGAAAAAAAUUAUUUGCUUAAAUUCUAGGUUAGAGAUUUUAUCGACUUCUGUUGCUUUGAAAAAGCUUGAAAAAAAUCAGGAAAGUUUUGAAGUUUAAAAAAAUAAAAAAAUUUUUCAUAUUUUUUUCUAAAUUUCCUUCAAUUUCAGCCUGAAACGACGCCAUCCAGAAACAUCCCGGCGAACUUUCAACAACUUUUUCGCCUUUUUUCUACCCAUUUUCCGGAAAUUCUAAUAAUAAUCGGAACAGCUCAAAGAAGACUGGCGGAUUACCGUUUUUUCCAUUCGUCGUCGAGUUUUUGAAGUGCGAAACAUCAAGACAACUGCUGCUGCUGGGGGUUUGUUUGCCUUUUCGAUUAGCCCGUUUUGAAAAAAAAAUGUGUUGGUUUGGUGCGAAAAAUGACGAGGUUUUAGGUGGUAGAAAUGUAGAAAAAUCUUCCAAGUGCUCGAAAUUAUUCUUUUUUUUGUGAAAAUUUACACAAAUUGUUCAAAAAGUUUGUUGUAUUGGCGCCAAAAAUUAGCAGGUUUUAUAGGAAUUUUUGCAAAAUUUGUUAGUUUGGCGCUAAAAAUGACGAAUUUUUUUGGAGCUAUUUGUGUUUUUAGAAACGUAGGAAAGCUUUCAAAGUUCUGGAAAAUAUUAUUUUUUUAAUGAUUUUUCACGAAUUUUUUUGAACAAUUUGUUAAUUGAGAGCGAAUUUUGCGAUUUUUUUAGUGAUGAAGCUCUGGAAAAAAAGUUUUUUUCGACCAUUUUUUUCAAGAUUUUUUUGUUUUUUUAUUUGGCAGCAAAAAUGAUUAGGGACAGUUGUGUUGUAGAAAUAUAGAAAAUAUUCCAAGCUCUGAAAAAAAAAGAUUUUUUCUACCGUUUCACGCGAGAUUUUCGAAAUAAUGUUGACUCAUAUCACUUUGAAUUUAUAAAAAAAUGACGGGAUAGUUUUUUUGAUGUUUUUGUUGUUCUUAUUUGAGAGUUAUCAAGCCAUUUUUUUGUCUCAAUCGUUUUUUCUCCAGAAAAUUCCUUUUUUUAUAAAAAUUCAUGCAGUUUUGAUGAAGAUUUUAAUUUUUCCCCUAGGUUAGAAUCCUCGCGCAUUUAUCGACUUUUUAUCUUUUUAUUUUUUUCAAAAUGCCAAGUUUAAGGGUCCUUUUUACUAAUCUUAUAAGUGAGGUUUUUUUAUGGGCUUUGUUGACCUUUUUUUAACCAAAUUUUUUUGAGUUUUUUUAGAAUUAGGUACGUUCAAUAGACCCCCAAUAACUUAGACGCGUUUAUUUUGGUUUUCACUGUUUUUAAAAUGACUUUCUGAAGUGUUUUUCACUUGGAGGUACUCAUAAUUGAUUCGAUUAAAUUGACGAUUUUCUACGCUGGGCAUUUUCUGCUUAAAAUUUCAUUCUAAGUUUUCUUAGUGAUUUUUAUAUAGUUUAUAAGUAAUUUUGAAAGCUUUAUUCAAGUUUUAAUGAGAAUAUAAAAACAAAAAAAGACCGCUCAAAUUUUGAUAGAAAAUACGACUUUUCUUUUCAUUUCAUGCUUUUCAGUUAAUUUUAAAUGUUAAACUUGUUAUAAUUUGAUGAAAAUGAUUUUUUUUAAAGUUUUCAAGCCGAAAAUAUGACGAUUUUCUGUUUUGAAACUAGAAAGAAUGUUCAAAAACCGAUAAGAAAGGGGACUCUUACUCUCCAAAUUUUUACACUUUUGCUUGUUUUUCAACACGGUUUUUCGUUCUUUGCUUCUGCAAAUCGUCAGGAAAUCAAUAUCUUUGUUUUUUCUUCACAGUUUGACACUUUUUUGAAGCGAUUCUCGAUUCUAGUUUGAUAAUUUUCGUCGCAUUUUUGGAAUGGCUUAACUGGGGGCCUUUAAAUUGCGGCCGACCGAAAAGUGGUUUACGCGCGUUGAAAAUAGAAAGUUUGAGUCAUACCAGAGAAUUUAUUGGAAUGCAACGCGUUGAGCCAUUCUAAAUGCGACCAGAAAAUUUCGGUUUUUUGAAUUGAAUACGCCUGAAUUUUUAUGUGCUUAAUAAAAAGGGCCCUUAAAGGUAUCACCUGAAAACCCCAGCAGGGGUGACUUAAGCUUCAAACCCUAAAAACGGCCGCUUGAAUUUCACUAUAGAACUGUUUUUCCCUCGAUUUCUAUAGGGACCACUUGUUGAGCCAUUCUAAAUGCGGCCGGGAAAUUUCGGGUUGUAUCCAAUGCCUGAAAUUUUAUGUACUUAGAAACUCUAAAGCGGGGUCCUUGAAGGUUCCCCUCUAGGGACCACUUUUAUAGCUCCUAUAAGGACCACUGAAGCUUUAGUGGCGCAGAUUUCAAACCCCUACAAGGACCACCAAAACUUUAACUAUAGGGGCUGUUUUUUUCUCCUUAUCCCUAUAGGGAGCACUUUGACCAUCAUUGUCUAAAAAGGACCUGAAAAAUGUAAAAUUUAUUGCUUCGUAGGUUGAUUUUUUUGCCCGAUAGAAAAUAUACUUAAAUUAAAAACUUUUCGUGAUAAAAAUGCUACAAAAAUGGCGUUUUUUUUUCUGAAUUUCGAGCCUUUUCCCCCCAAACUUUGCUCCUGUUAUCGGAGAAAGUAUCACUGCAAACGUGUUAUUCGGGGGGCUCGAAAGUAAGUAUCGAUGGGCAAAUAAUAAAAUAAAUGAAACGCGAGCAAAACAACAAUUGGCGCCCCCUCCCGUCCGUUUUUGCGUUUCUGCCGCUGCCUCUGCCAACGGCUUCUCCCCGUCCCAAUAAUUUGUUCUUUCGCCUCGAAAUUAGUUUUGCUUUACUAUUUUCGCGUAGUAUUUUGGGUUACGAAAAGAGAUUUUUGAAGAUUUCCGGUUUUUAGAUAGUUUCAGAGCGGAUUUUGAGGUUUUAACUAUGAAAAAAGGUUCUUUUAAAUUUUGUUCACUGGAUAGAUUCUACGAAAAAAAAUUAGCCUUAUGUGGGGUCUUUGAAUUUUAGAACUAAAAUUUUUUUUCUGACCGUUUUUUUGUUGGUAUUUUGUGUAUUGAAAUAGAAAAAUUGGGUCGUUUUUUUAGGAAAUAAAAAAAUAAAUUAGAACGUUUUUUUCAACUCCAAAGCGAUUUUUUUAAUGUUAAGCCUAUCAAAAAAAGUCCUAAUUCACUAUUUUUAAGUUUUAUUGAAUUUUUUUGCGCCCUGAAGAUAACUUUUUUCACUUUCUGAAGGAGCUUGGAAGUUUCAGCUUGUCAGAAAAAAGAAAAAAUGAUUUUUUCUUCGAAAAAUCGCUCCUUUCCCAGUUCAAAUAUGAAUAGUUUUCGACAGAUUAACACAAGGAUUAUCGAAAUAUCCGAUCGCAUUUUUAAUGUUAUUUGGAUCUCUUCUGCAAAGCGAAACGAUUUUUUAUUUGUGCGGCAAGUGGCCAUUGGAAUUUACGAGCUGUGUGGUGUGGAAGAUAACGACGUUCCGCCGUUUACACCCGCGGAAUCUUCCCCCAAAAACUCUUGUUUUCACUGGUUUCCAUGCUCAAUUAUUCCUACAUAUUGUUGGUAUUGAAAAAGUUUGAUUGGAUAGUUCAUUCGCCAUUUCUUUGGAAAAGUUGUAUGACCUGUCUGUGCCCUCUUUUCUCACAUCAGGAGGUGAUAGGAAGAGGAAAAUAGCACUGUUUUUCAAUUUUUUCGGCUUGAGACGGAAAUUCACUAUUAAAGGGACAUGUAGCGGGCUAGGAGGAAAAUUUUGUCGCGAAAAAAUUCAGAUAUAUAGGAAGUUAGACUUCUGAUCUUUUCUAAUCACUUAUCUUUUUUUUUCGAUAAAACUUGAGUUUUUGGUGAAAUUUUCGUCAGAAGACAAGAUUUUCUGGUUUUUUUAUCGAAACGUGUCCUUAAAAAUGGUUGGUAACUUUUUUAGCUGCCAUUUUUCAUCCCAUGACCAUGUCGGUGAGGGAAAAGAGGGUGCAGACAGAUCAGACGGUUUCAUUUCCUCACAUUGAUUUUUUGGCUUUUUCAAAAAUCGCAUUGUAGUUGUAGAUCAAAGACGACUGAUCAAUAUUUGAUAGGAUUUUCGGAAUAUUCGCGAAAUAGUAUGCCAAAAGAAGAGGCUCAGACUUCUCUGCAAUAUUUUCGUCCCAAACUAGAAAUGAAUGAAGUUUAGAGUUUGAUAAAAACGUUUUUCCGAUCAAUCAGCUUAAUCGACUAUAUUUGGGGACAACCUCGUUCUAAAACAAGAAGAAUGGGGAAAUGCGACGUAAUCGUUGCUCCUUUCUUACCUGUGUUAUCGAUAAAUCUCCUCCGAUUUGCGUCUUGAUUGCGAAUUCAAUACGUAGUUGAUAACGGCUGCUUACGUCUUUUCCGCGUUUCGAUAGGCGACGACGGCCAAAAAUUCAUUCGCCUCGUUAAGCUUCAUCUCUUUAUCGUCUCUAGUUGAAUUUGCCUUAUUUUAGGAUCGAGACGAUUUUUCCUGUCAUUUUUUGUACAAGCUUGAUGAAAAAAGACGUCCGUGAAUGGACUAUAUGGGUAGAUUUUUUUGAUCUCAUCUUUCAAUUUUUAUCAAUUUAAAGUCGAAAUUUCUUUUUGUGAGCAUUUUUAAAGUUACUGAGGUGUAUUCCAUUCAUUACCAGGUUGUCACAAAAGUCUCGUAUUUUUAUAUUUUUCCUUUUUUAUCUUUAUUUUUCAUUCUUUUUGCCUAUUAGUACAGGUAUGACGCCUCAAAGAAGCCAAACAUUGUCACUUUAUUCACUGAAAAUCGAUUUUGAAGCGUUUAAAUUCGACAAAAAUCCUAAUAAAUCGAUAAUUUUUUUUUCUCAACGGAUCUGAGGUAAUCAGACAAUUUUUAGAAAACUUAGAAUUUUUUCACCCUUUCAUCCUUGGCUAGCAAGAAAAAUCAAAGAAAGAUGCAUUUUUUCUAUUUUUUUUUUUCACCCUCCCAUUUCCGAUUGUUGGUCACACCUUGAUGGAGAAUGAUUGCCCGUUUUCCUUCCCGAUUGAAUUGAUGACACUCCGUAGCGUAAUUUGUCAACAAGCAGAAUCGAUCAUCAAGUUGGGAAAUUCCUCUUCCGCUUGACUCAUAUCUGUUGCAAAACUCGGCUUUUCCCUUAAUUUGAUUAUUCGGAAUUAUGAAUAGAGGGAGAUUUUCGGAAGUUACCUGAUGAUUAACAACUUUUUCGUUACAAGAAUUGCGCAAAUUCCUAAAAAUAGAACAUUUUCCAAAUCCUUGAUUAAUUAGACUCACGAUUGCAGUCUGUGAAGCUCCAUUUUCAUAUUCUCGAACACUUUUUUAACUGAUAUUUUAAUCUCUUUGCUGACAAGAGUCAAAUUUCAUCAAGCUGAUUAAGCUUAUCAGCAUCGAGAAGCCCUUUGAAAGUUGUGACACUGAUAAUUUAUCUCUCCUCUCUUUCCAUUUCGAUUUUUAGGAGAUAACAAUUUUUCUAUUGGCAAGUUAAAAAAAGUUUAUUGCUUUGAAAGUUGGAAUUUUAUCUUUUAUUGAAUUUUUAAGUUGAUUCAAAGCCAUUUUGAUAGAAAAUGUGUUGAAUUUUUAGACUAUUUUUUUUGAAAAGACACUUUUAAAGCUUCAAAAAACUCGAAAUUGUCGAAAAAUACCUCGGUUUCAGUGUAGGUGUCCCCGGGUACAGGUACACAAAGAGUCGGUCUCAAAAAACAACAGCGAACAAAAAAAAAUGGCAACCACUUGUCGCAAACACUUGAAAAUCGCAGUUCUGUUGAUUUUUUUGCGCCUUGCUUUGAAACAAACGUGGCGUCAUUCUUGAGCCACGUUUUGACUCAUUUUUCUUGACUUUUUCAUAUUGCUCUCUUAGGGAAAUGCUCGAAAAUUGCCUAAUUUUCUAGAAAAGACGCUCAAAAAUCAGUUUUUUAAACGAUCAGAUUGAAGAAACUAAGUUUAAUGAAUCUAGUGUAUUUUUCCCAUUUCCCGCCAUUAUCUCCAUCAAUUCUGAGUCAUGUUGAUAACGUAAUCUUUCUUUUUAAAAAGGUUAAAAAUACAUUCCCACCCUUGCUAUUCUUAGUCACGCCCCACGCGCCGCUUGUUACUCUUUUUUUUCCGUCUUUUGUUGUCUUUUUAAAUGUGUUUUCUGAACGCCUUUUGGUUUAUUUUUUGACUUAGAUUAGGCUUAGAAAGACUCAGAAUGUUUUGAGUUUGGUUCAAGUAGUCACUAGAGGGUUCUUAAGAGAUCUUGAAAGAGUUUUAUUGCGAAAAUUUGGCUUUUUUUUCAUUGAAAUUGACUUGAAAUGUCCAAAAUCUGCUGUAGUCGAUUAAAGUGGUCACUAUGGGGUUUUUAAAAGAUCGUAAAAGAGUUUCAUUGGAAAAAAAUGACUUUUUUUUAUUCAAAUUCACUCGAGAUUCUCAAAAUAGCUGAAAUUGAUUCAAGUAGUCACGAGAGGGUACUUUAUAAACCUUGAGAGAUUCGAAAAAUAGCUUUUUUCGAGUUUUUUGUUAAUUUCCGUCCAAACCGACUCAAAAUGUACGCUGAAAUUGAUACAAGGGGUCACUAGAUGGUUCUCAACAGGUCUUGAACUAUCCUUGCAUUGCGAAAAAAUAGCUUUUUUCAGUUUUUUCGUUGAUAUCAGUCCAAACCUACUCAAAAUGCUCAUAAGCUGAAAUUGAUUCAAGUUGUCACUAGAGGGUUCUUGAAUUUUUCAAACUCUACUUUGCCGCCUUUAAUUCAUUUGUUGACCCUUUUUCUCUGUUGAUUUCAAGACUUUAACUUUUUGAAUUUUCAGCAAGAUGGCCGAGUACGGUGCCUCGCUCGAGGAGCUACGCGCCCUCAUGGAAUAUAGGUAUUGAUUUGAUUUUUGUAUUUCAAUCGAUCAAUUUUUGUUUUUUUUUUCGGUCAUAGAGUUUUGGAAAAAUUUUUUUGAGUUUGUUAUGAUUUUUUUGAAGUAAAAUGCACUGGGAAAAGAAGUUUUUAACUUAUAAAAUUGGUCUUUUUGAUGGAAAAUCUUCAAAAAUCGAAACUUCUCUUGAUAAUUUCGAACCCUAAUCAAAGUUUUAAUGAUUUAUCCAGGUUGUAGCGUAAAAAAAUGUUCUUUUUUUCAAUUUUAUAGUUCUUUUUUGGUAAAAGUUAUGAAACUUUCGGCAUCUGAAAGCUUUUUUUAAGUUUUGAACUCUUUUUUUCAAACCAUUUUCCAAGAUUUUUUUAGAGUUAGAAGUGAAUUUUUAAUCGAUUUUUUUCGUUGUGAAUUUUUGGCGUUUUUCUAGGGUGUAGAUAUUCUUGGAUUUUUUUGUCAGUUUCAUGGAUUUCUUUUUCUCUUUUUUUGUAUAUAUUUAGGUUCUAUUUUUUUCCUAAUGUUCCGGGAUUGAGGAGAUCUUUCGAAAAAUUUUUCAGAAAUUCAAGAAAAAAAUUCUGAAUUUUUCCCGAAAAUUGAGCAAAAAUUUGGCCUUCUCCAUGUCCUUUUGAACGAAAAAAAGACGGCCUUCUUCCGUUUUUCUUUUUUUACACUUUCAAGUAGGUAAUUAGAAAUAAUGGGAAGUGUGUGUUCUUCAUUACGUUUCUCCUCUCUUUUUCUACUCUUUCAAUUUUUCUUGAAGUCGUUAGAAACUCGGGAAAAAAAUAAGCUCGUUUCGAGGUUUUUUUGUAAUUUUUUUGAAAAGUUGGAGGAACUUUUUGAGUGGCGAGAUCACUGGAAAAAAUAUUUAUUGACGAAUCUGAGAAAAUAUUGGAAAUCCAAAGUGAUUUUUCGAAUAAUUUUGAGUAAGACGGCUCGAAGUUUGGCUAAGUUUAUUUGAAGGUCAUUUUUAUCCUGGUCUCGUCCGAAUUUACUCAGAAAAACUGAUGGAAAAGUCGAAAAAUGCCGAAUAACUGAUGAAAAAGGACUCAAAAUAAGGGAAAAAAAGACGAAAUCUAUUCUGAAAAUCAACUUCUUUCAAGUGUUGCUUGAACCUACUUUGGAAAAAAAAAAAGAAAAGUCGGAAUUUGGUCAUUUUCAUUCAUUUUUCUAACUUAUUUGACUUGAAAAUCAUUUAUUAGAUAGAAAAGAGCAAGAAAGAAUCGAAAAUAAAAUUUUAAAAAACGUUUUUUUUUUCAAAAGGUUAUAUAUUUUUUCCCAAUACACAGUUCCAUCAAGUUGCUAAUUUUUUUCAAGAUUUUUGAAAUUACAGGGGCGCGGAAGCGAAAGAGAAAAUAGAAGCCGAUUACGGUGGUAUCAAUGGACUUUGCCAGAAAUUGAAAACCGACCCCCACAAUGGUUAGUUGAGACUUUCGAUAAUUUUUGAGGGUUUUUUUGAAAAUUUUAAGCUUUGAAUAAUGAAAAGUGUAUCGUUAAGGUCUACCCGCUAGUGAUUCGGAACUGGAAAGGAGGAGGGCCGUUUUCGGCGCCAAUGAAAUCCCGCCCCAUCCGCCCAAAAUCUUCCUCCAACUCGUUUGGGAAGCUUUGCAGGUAUCAGAUGGCGUUUUUAUUGAGAAAUGGGCUGGAAAUACGGAAUUUCCGGAUAGAAAUUGGUAGUUUAUCAAAGGGAAGAUGGGUGGGUUUUUUUUUUAAAGAUUGAAAAUAACGAUUUUUGAGUGUUUUAGACGGUAUUUUUCUGAAUUUUCGUUAAGUUUUGGUUUUUUAAAACUUGGAUUGUGUUGAACUUUUUUCAGAGGUCCAUGAAGACCAUGAUCAUUUCAAAAAUUCCAAUUUUCAUUUACCCUACAACAGAAAGAGAAGCUGAAUUUUAUUCCCGAUGGCUUCAUUUCUCUACUUUUUUUUUCCAGGAUUUCCUAGCUUUUUUGAAUUUCUUCAAGCUCAACGACGCCUCAGACUCGAUUGACAGAAAUAUUCUGUUCAUUGGUCAUUAACAUUUCAACUGCGAUUUGAGAAAGGCGAAUUGACAAGGAUUUGAAGCUUGAAAAAUAUCAAAACUUGGUUCUCAGAUGUUUUUUCUUGUGAGGAAAAUAGAGGUCAUUCGAAUUUUUAUUCUCCAAAAAAACCCCGUGAAAAGGAAGAAAGAAGUCAAGUUGAAGCUUGGUUCUCAGGGGAAAAAUAUUGCUGCUUCUUGAAAAGAAUUUGGGGGACCAAAGGGAGGUUCCUUUCUCUUUAGUGAACACUAGGGGUUUUAGAAGUUUGAAGAGAGUCUAUUUCGGCUUAUUUAGUGUCCAAUAAUCAUCUGUAGAUCCUCUAAAAUCUUCUUGUAAUUUUGUUAUGUAUCUCCAGCGAAGUGUAAGCUUCGAUUUUCCCUAAAGUGGCCACUAAACGUCCAAGUAUUGCUUCAAGCUUGAAUCUCAGAGAAGAAAAAAAAAAGGGUUUCUCUCGAUGUUUGGAAAGGAUUUUUGGGAACGAAACGAGGAUUCAUGCCCUCUAGUGACUACUUGGGGUUGUAGAGAUUUUGAGAUUCUAUUUUGACUUCGAUAGUGACCUCUUGAAGCUCGAAAGUCUCAUAAAAACCUUUUUUAACCCUGUCUUGGAUUCCGAGCCAAGUUCAAGCUUUUUCAUUCAAAAAAUAUUCCCUUAAGUGACCACUUAACGUCCAAAUUUUGGCCCAAGCUACUCUCUUUCGGAUCCCAAGCCAAGCUCAAGUUUCGAUGUCCGAAAAAAAUAUCCCCUUAAGUGACCACUAAAAAGCGAAAUCUUGGCUCAAGGUACUUUCUUUUCUAUCCCAAGCAAGGUUGAAGCUUUCUCAUCCACAAAAAUUUUCCUUAAGUGACCACUGAAAGUCCAAAUCUUGGUGGAAGCGACUCUGUUCUGGAUCUCGAGCCAAGUUCAAGUUUCUUCAUCCGAAAAAUACUCCCUUAAGUGACCACUUACAGCCCAAGGCUCAAACUGUUCUGUUUCGGAUUCCAAGCCAAGUACAAGCUUCUUCAUCCGAAAAAGAACCACGAAAAGUACAAAUCCUGGUUCAAGCCCGGUUCUCAGAGAAAGAAAAAGAAGUUUUUUCCUGCCGUUGGGAAAGAAUUUGUGAGAACAAAACGAAGUUUUCUGUGCUCGGCGAGCCCCUUCCAAAGAAAAAAGAAAGCUCAUCACAUAUGUAUGAGCUCUGCCUCGAAAAACCUUUCUCUCUGUGUGUUAUGCUUGAACAGAGAACGUUUGAAUUUUCAAAUGUGUCCUCGCCGCUUUUCGCUCAUUCGAAAAGAAUCAAGGCGAAAUGCCUCGAGGGCGAAAGAGUCGAAAAAAGAAAAGAGAAAAAAGAAAAAAAGAAAAAUGAAGCACUCAGUGCCGUUAAAUCUGCGAAACGAGGGCACACGUAUACAAUUGAAUUGAAUUGGCCUCGCCGAAACGACGAAGAGGAGAAGGAGAAAAAAUGUUGCUCCUGACGUCGCUUCUUCUUUUUCUUUUUCCACUUUUCUGGCUCUUGUUCACGUGUCGGAGAGGUGAUUCGGAUUUUAGAACGAUAGGGGACUUUUAAGGGGCAUUUUCGAGACGAUAUCAGCAAAAUAGAUACAAACAGGGAUGGAAAGUGAUAAAUUGGAAGCUUCCAAUAUUUUGAGAAAAACACAAAACUAGCAAAAGAGGUUCAAAAGAGGAUUGAAAAUGAUAAAUUGAUGGUUUCAACAACUAACUUGAGGAAAAAUAACAGAUUUUUUAGCUCAGAAGACGAAAAACGGAAAAUUUCGCUGUUAAAUUCGAUAGGAAAAAAAAAAGAAGCUCUUCGUGAAUUUUUGAAUGAACUGCGAGCAACCCUAGUGGCUACUUAAGAGGUUCCUUAAGGAUUACGUGGAGAGAACACUAAAGUGGCCACUAGAACAAGCCCACUUCUUAGUGCCCACUAUAGUAAUAUUAGGUGGUCUAGUAGUACCCUUUAGACCCCUAAAGAGAUCACUGAGUUUUAGUCACUCUAGUGGCCACUAAAACGUCAAAACCCUCAAGUGACCAUUAAAUAUUUUCCCAGAAAGGAAAAAAAAUUGAUCAUUUUUGUAAGCUCGGAAUCGGAAAUAAAAAGCUACUUUCUUUUUUUUUCAGGAUGUCACGCUGGUUAUUUUAUUGGUCUCGGCCAUCGUCUCGCUGGCGUUAUCGUUUUAUCGGCCACCGGAAGAAGGAGGAGGUAAAAAUGAUCGACUUUACAAACCUUGAAACGUCAAAAAACAUAGAAGUUUCGCGGAUGCGCUGCAUUUUUAUAUAGCCGCGUUAGACCUUCAGCGGUUUUUCUACAUGUUGUAGAAUACCCCCGCGCGCAAGCUGUUUUUGGUCGGGCGCAUUGAAAUUUUGAGCCCUUUUUGCGACCAAACACCCACAAGAAAGGCCAUUAUCAGUUUUCAAAAUUGACCAGAACUUGGAGAACUAGAUGAGGAUCCUAAAAGUCUCAACCUGCAAAACUUCUUUUUUUUUUCCAAAAAGGAGACCUCCAAAGUCGAGAAAACCGUUAAAAUCUGUUAAAAUACGCAAUCGUGAGCCUAUUUUUCAAAGUUAAAGUGAUUCUUCUAAGACUAUCAGUAUCUUCUUCUGGUUCAUCAAGGAGUAUUCUGGCUAAUUUUUAAAAGUUCCUCAACAAAAAAGUAAAAUUACCUUACUUGUCAGACGUUUCAAGCCCUGGAAAACGAGGAAUUUCGAAACUGAAAGGGAAAAAAAAUGUGAUUUUUCCAGGCUCUGUUGAUGACAGUGAACACGACGCCGGAUGGAUCGAAGGAGUCGCGAUUCUGAUUUCAGUCAUCGUCGUCGUCCUGGUCACCGCCCUCAAUGAUUACACCAAAGAACGACAGUUCCGAGGUCGGUUUUCGAGGGACUUAGGCCUUUAAGGGUUACUGUAAGACUGUUAAUGUAAGGCAGUUAAUGGUUACUGUACUGAGGUUGACUUUUGAGCUUUGAUUUUGUAUUUAAGACAAAAGAAAGUUUCACUGAUUCUUUUAGGUUUAUGAUUAGGAAAAUGUUUUCGUAAGUCCUGGAAAUUCUGCUUUAACUCAAUUUUUCCACCCAAAGUAGUAUUAUUCAAGGUUCUUACAAGGAGUUAAUUUUUUUCGGAAACUAGGAAAAAAUCCUUCUCUAUGAACUUUAAGUACGAGUUGCAUUUUCAGGUCUCCAAGCGAAAAUUGAAACCGAGCACCGAUUUUUCGUCAUCCGCGGCGGUCAGUCCAUUCAGGUCGUCGUCAACGAGUUGGUCGUCGGUGACGUCGCUCAGAUCAAAUAUGGUAUGUAUUAUAUGCAAUUGAACGAAACCUUUACCGAAACUUUUUCUGAAGGGGUAAAAAAAAUCUCAAAAAAAGGUGCCUUUUUCCGUCUUUAACCAGUCUUUUCUUUACUAUUUCCACUCUCUCUUCACUUUUUCAAUCUUUUCUUUAGCCCUUAAAAUUCUAGGAUCGUGGGAAGCUCGAUAAAGACCUCAAAAAUGACCUUUCCUGCGACUUUUUAGCAGAAAUUUCCAAUUUUUCCCGAGUUAUUUUCCUCAUUUUUCCAGGUGACUUACUGCCCGCUGAUGGUGUCCUGAUCCAAUCCAACGACUUGAAAAUCGACGAAUCCUCGCUGACCGGAGAGUCGGAUCAGAUCCGCAAGAGCCCCGAAACCGAUCCGAUCAUUCUGUCGGGAACCCAUGUCAUGGAGGGAUCUGGAAAGGUGAACAACCAGUGUUGUUUUUUAAUUUUUUAGUGAUUCAUGAAUGAAUGAUUAGAUAAGUUCAACUUCGUUUUCGAAAUUUCCAGAAAGUCUGUAGGGCAUAUUCCUAUUUGGAAAAAGAAAUUAGGAAAAAAAGUUUUUUGGAUUACGUUCCUUUUGAGGUCUUACCUCAAAUAAUCAUGUCAACUGAUAAAUUGCAUAGUUUUUGUUGAAAUUCUUGUGACCCCAGGACCUUAUUCGCGACCUCAAUUGAACAUGAAGAUGAAUAUUUAUAAGAAAACCACGAUUGAAAUAGUAGCUAUAUUUCGGUCAAAAAAAAUCAAUAUUAGGUCGUACUUCAGUUUAAAAAAGAUUUCUUGAAAAACGUCCGGAAUUUCCAAAACAAAAAAAACCAUAAAACGAAAUUUUGGUUUUAAAGAGUAGAGUGUUUCAACAGACCUCGGUAACGCUAACCGGACCCGUCCCGGACGUUUCCGAGCAUUUAUAGUAACAUUUAAGUAACGUCCGAACUCUUAAGUGACCUCUUGAUAUGUCCCGACGCGUCCGGUUCGCAUUUCUCAAGGCCCGAGAAUUAAGACGGUAGUUCGGUAGAGCAACUUAGACUUAGUCCAAAUCGGAUAUUCCAACGAAAACCAAGUGAUUGUCCAGAUGCUGGUGACGGCCGUCGGUGUCAACUCGCAGACUGGUAUCAUCAUGACUCUGUUGGGAGCCGCCAAGUCGGUGGCUGAAGAGGAACGGAAAGCGGCGAAACGCGAAGGUUUGAACCUUCUUUCUAGAAUUUAACCGUCUUUUUUUGUCCAUUUCUCUCGGUUCUUCCUCUAACCCAUUCCUCUUCAUUUUGACAUUGCUUGAUUACAUAUUAGAUUCUAUUGGGGCAUUUUUGUUAUUUUUUUUUCUUUGGGAGCCCUUCGUAAUAGCAUGGGUACCGUACCAUUUUUAUUUCAUUAUCUUUUGAUUUUCAUUUUUAUUUUUUUCGUCAUAUUGUAUCAUUUUCUUGAUUCUUUUAUUCUGGAUUUUCGAAAUGAGAAAAGAGCUGGAUUUUGGAAAAAUGGGCUAAAAUUUUUGAAAUUUUGAAAAUGAGCGAUUACUUUAGCAGCAUUUGUGACCCAUUGAGAAAAAAUCGCGAAGAAGAAAAUGAAGCUUUUCUGAUUUUUCAAGUAUUUUUCUACAGGAAAAUGCAUGAAGGAUGGUUCAAAGAAGUUCAUUUUUGUCAUUUUCAGCUUUUUUUCUCAAAAUUCCCUAAGAUCCUACUAGUUGUAUACUCAAUUUGGGGCAUUCUGACUUUUCUGCAAUUUCCAUGUUUAUGUGACCCUGUCGGCGAGGGAAAAGAGAGCGCAGACAGGUCAGACUGCCUCGAAAUUCAUGAUUAACAUUUUAUUUGAUUCUCCUUUGUUCACCCCCAAGGCCCGGAGUUUAGAACGUCGGUCGAGAUCUUCGGUCAAAUCCCACCAUCAUCAUCACCACGGUGGCUCGUCUUCACAUCCAAAUGGUUAGACCUCCUUCUCAAAACAGAUAAAAAAUCAAUUUUGUUUUGCCGUUAACAGUGUUGUCUUCUCCUUCUUCUUUUUUGACCUGUCUUUGACCCUUUCCUAUCCUUUUCCCACUUGCCUGUCGAAAUCUGCUCUUUCCAUCCUUUCCUGUCCCUUUCUCGACCUGCAAAAAAGCCUGUCCUGCACACCUUCUCUUCUUCUUUCCAUGCACAAACGAUGUUGUUUCCGAACGAUCUAUUCUCUUUCUUUCUUUUUUCGGUUCCUCUCUUUCUUUUCAAUGUCCCGAUGGAAUUGGAAGGCAUGGCACGAUAAUAGCGACACUAUUUUUUCGUUGUUGUGAUUGUUGAUAUUCUGGAAAAUGAGAGGGGAAGAAGCAUGUGAGAAUUGAAAAAGGGAAAAAUUUGAAGAUUUUAGUUAUGAGGAAUUGAAAAUUAAUUAAAGCUUGAAAUUAAUUAGGAGAAAAAAUAGCCGCAAAAAUGUCAACCAGCAGUUGCGCUCCAAUGAUAGACUUUUGCGGAAUAAUGGAGGUUUUUUAAGCUUCACCAAAAUUGGAAAAAUUUUGACGAUUCGCUGCGUCCAACCCUUUUUUCAAGUUUUAUUCAAGUUCAAAUUCAAAAAUCCUUGACAGAAAUUUUGGCCAGUAGUUGCGCUCCAUUGAUAAUUUUCGCCAAGCAUGACUUUUUACUUAUUGAAUCGAAUGGAUAUUCAAAAAAAUUAGUAUGGAGCAAAUUUUAAACGGCUCAGAUAUUGGUAACGCAAACUGAAAGCGCCCCGCGCGUUUCUGAACCAAAUAGUGAUCACUUAAGCGAUGCUAGUGCACUUAAGAGAUCACUAAAAAUGUUCAGAAACGUCCAGGUCAUUUGCGGUUUUCGUUGCGGAUAUCUGAUGAUUCCCAUGGAGCGCAAAAAGCUGUAGAAUUAUUGACUAUAUUUUUCAAAUAUUUUUGACCUUUUUUUGAACGUGAAAGAUCAGAAAUUGGGCGAUUUUCUUGAUAUAAUUUUUUUCAAAGAAUCAUACAUAAUCAAUGAAUUAUAGACCAUCAGGAUUUAUCCAACUUUUUUUGUUGUUUUUGGGGGCGGGCGAAGAUGUUAGCUAGUACGUUUGUUGUUUUGCAGGCGGCGACACCCAGGGAGCUGAGGAAGGAACGGCCCAGGCGCUUCUUGGUGAGUUUUUCUGAGGAUCUGUCCGACAAGAAGAAGAAGAAGAACAGAGAUGGCAAGGAAGAGCCGUGGGAAAUUCAGUGUUUAGUGAAAAUUGGAAGAGUUUCGCAUGGAUUCAAACCUGGGAAAAAGUUUUUGGAUUGGAUUAGUACUGAAGAUUAGGCUUCCAUAUUUUUGAAUCGGUUAGGAAAAUUAUUAGUUGGUUUUGAACCAAGGAAAAACGGUUUUUAGACAGGAUUAGUACUGAAAAAAGGUCUCAAUUUAGAUUGGCACAAUGAAUUUUCAGUUUUGAAUAGGUUAGAUAACUGAGUAGUUGUAAAAUAGCCUUCAAAAAAAUACCUCGUAGAAGAAAAAAAUAGUGAUAUAUAUAUAUAAACCGCAAUAUUUUUCCAAAAAAAAGUAGUUCAAAAUUAGUGCUAGAUGGAAGAAAAUCGGUCUUGGACCGGUUUUUUGCUGUGAAAGCGAUUUUUUUCAGCCAAAAGAGUCCUUGAUUUUACAAUUUUUCCAAUUUUUUUCGAGAAAUAGAAGCAAAAAAAGUAAGAAAUUUCAAAAAAAAUAUCUAGCACCAAUAAUAUCGAAAAAUUUUUCUCUAUGUGGUAGUGUGACACCUGGCGCACGUUAAAGUAUCACACUUUUUUUAGUUGGAAAAAUAUUAGAAAAUUAGAAAAAGUAUCUUUAAAAAAAUUUGAACGUUGCUCGUCAUUGUACCGAUGUCGUGCACACCAUUUUUCUCAAUUUUUUUCACUUUUUUUGGAAUAGUUAGGCCCACCUGAAUGUGCUUUUUUUUUUAGUUAUUUUUGUAAAUUUCUAGUAGAAAAUAAUAGAAGUGUAUUCGUUUCUUUUUCCAUUUUUCGAUUAUCAAAUUUUUGAGAAGGGGGUUCUAGCCGUGUUUUUCAUUUUUCUCAUUCAAAAAAUUUGAAGCUCAGGAUUAUUUCGGUAAAACUGUUCCAAAACAUGAUAUUUUCAUGGUAGAACACUUCAAAGCUCUUAAAUUAGAAAAAAUGGCUGGGAAGAUAUUUUUGAGUAAACGAUGGAAUUUUGAGACACGAGAGCAAAUCGUCUAAACGGAUGCUUUGUAGGUAAAAAAUCACAUUCUUAGGCUUGAAAUUGAAUUUUUAAGUUGAAGUUUAUUCCUUGGUUAUGUGUGCCGAUUUUCAGACAAGGGCGAUGAGGCGAUGGCCAACGGCAAGAUUCCGGCCGAAGACGCCGGCAAGAAGGAAAGAUCCGUCCUUCAGGCCAAACUCACCCGGUUGGCUAUCCAGAUCGGCUACGCUGGUGAGGAUUUGAUAAUAAAUAUGUUGGAGGAGAAAAUCUUGAAAGAACCACUUAAGGGGCUCCUCAAGAAGUUGUUGUAGAGGACACGAAAGUGGCCACUAAAACCUACUCUAUAGAAGCCAAUUAGUGGCCAUUAUAGCAGUUUCUCAUGAUUCAGUAAUACCGCUUAGACUCCUCAAGAGGCCACUAAAUUUCAGUCGUUUGAGUGAACAUUAUUUUUGACUGCUAUAGUGGCCACUAAAACGUCAAAAACCCUAAGGUGGCCACUGAGAAUUUUUUUCCAGUUAUUCUAUGAUAGAAAGCAAAAACCUAUUUUUCUUUAUUAAAUUGUGAAAAUUAGCGAUUUUUUUCUUGGGUCUAAAGAAUUUAGUUUUUCAAAAAGACGAAGUUAUUCAUCGAGGUUUUUUUAAUUUAAUUUCGAAAGCAGUUAUUGAAAGUUUUUCGAGCUUUUUAAAGAAAUGAAUGGAGCAACUAUAGGAGUCUAAUUUCUAAAAAAAAUCAUCAUUUUUUUCAGGUUCCUUCGUCGCCGGUUGCACUGUCUUGAUCCUGGUGAUUCGGUUCUGCAUCUCGCGCUACGCCAUCGAAGAAAAGUCCUUCUCCCUCGCCGACUUCCAAUACUUCAUCAACUUCCUCAUCAUCGGUGUGACUGUUCUCGUCGUCGCCGUCCCCGAAGGACUCCCCCUUGCCGUCACACUCUCCUUGGCCUAUUCCGUCAAGAAGGUGGGAUGAAAUUAAGAUUAUGCGACAGAAAAGCCGCGAAAAAUGGUGUAUCCCUGUGUUUGUGCGCUCCACUGAUAAAAGUCGAAAUUUUGGUUCUAGUUUUUUUUUUUAGUUUGAUUCAAUUUUGAUCGUCUAGUAGGACAUUUAUUCACUCUUUGUCUACUUUGUCAAGAAGGCGGGUUAAAAUACGGUUAUAUGAAGAAAAAGCCGCGAAAAAUGAGGUAUUCGUGAACUUUUGCGCUCUACGGAUAACAUUAGAAAUUUGGGCUUUUUUUGGGUUUUCGAUUUAAUUUUGAUCGUCUAGCAGAGCGAAUAUUCAUUUUUUGAGCACUUAUCUAUUUUAUUUUGAAAAAUGAGGAGAAUUGUGUCAUUGGGACCCUAAUAAUAGUUGAAAAGUAGUUCCAAAAAUGACGAUUUUUUCACAUUUUUUGGAAUUAAUCGCUUUUUUUCGGCCUUUCGUAAGCAUUUUUUGAUAAUUCGAACGUUUAUCGAGGUUAUCAUUACCAUUAGAGCCUGAAAUCCUUGGAAAUUAACAAUUUUGGCGGUCGUUAUCGAUGGAGCGCAAAUGAUGCGCAAAUUUUUUUUGGUCCUUUUUUCGCAGCUUUUCCGUCAAGUACUUGAAAAAAAGUUUCAUAAACACUAAAAAAUCGCUCUUAAGAUGAUGCUGGAUAAUAACCUGGUCCGACACUUGGACGCCUGCGAAACCAUGGGAAAUGCCACUUCGAUUUGCUCCGACAAAACCGGAACUUUGACGACCAACCGGAUGACCGUCGUUCAGUCCUAUAUCAAUGGUUUUUUGAGAAAUAUGCAAAAAAAAAUGAGAGAUAUUUUGAAGAUGUGCACUACAAGGACACCCCAAAGAUUGAGUCCCUGGAGAAAAAUACGCUGAAACUUUUGAUGGACUGCAUUUCGAUCAACAGCAGCUACUCGUCGCAGGUGAUUUUUGGGGAGAAAGGGAAAAAUGGCAAUUUUUUGAUUGCAUUGGAAUUCAGGGAGAUGGACUAGAAGUAUUCUUUGAAAAAUUUGAAAAAAAAUCAAGUUUUUUUAUUUUUUUCACACACAAGUAUCGUAUUUACGGAAUGGAUGUUGCUAUUCAAAAAUCGAUUUUUUUAAAAAAAUUUAUAGACUGAUUUUUGGAUUUUUCGGAUAAUAUUACCUGAGAUAGGUACUUGAGAAAGAAAAAAAUUGAAGAUUUAUUUUUUUAUUUUUUUGGAGAGGUUGUCAGUUGAACAUGAGCGCUACAGAAAGUCAUUUUACAAUAUUUUUGGCUUAUUAAAAAUUUUUUUUGACCUGGAAAAGUGGAAAAUUACGCAAAAAAUUUUUUUUACAUGUUCAUAAAGGCAUUGGGGACAGUUUGGGAAUCAUUUUUGGAUCCUUUUUUGAGACUUGUCACGAUUUUUUAGAGCCAUACCUUCAAAUUCUGUAGAUAAUUCAAGAAUUGUGCGUUUUUUGUCGAAAUUAUGAGUUCCUUAGUCAGACAGGAAGUAGGGAAAUGUUUAGAAUACUUCUGGAAGUUAUUUUGACCUUAUUAAAAUUAUUCAGGUGAUCAUGCCGAAGGUUUCUGGAGAGCAGCCGACUCAACUCGGAAACAAGACCGAAUGCGGUAUGCUCGGCUUCGUUUUGGCCCUUGGAGACAGCUAUCAGAAGAUCCGUGAUCGUCAUCCCGAAGAAACUAUCCCGAAGGUUGCUUCUAACCGUCCUAUCGAGUAACAAUGAAAUCUUCCAGGUUUACACCUUCAACUCGGUGAGAAAAAGCAUGUCGACGGUGGUGAACCUUCCCGACGGCGGCUAUCGUGUCUUCAGCAAAGGAGCCUCCGAAAUCGUCACCAAACGCUGCAAAUGGUUCCUGGGCAAGGGCGGCAACCCGACCAAGUUCAGCCCGAAAGACGCCGAAGCCCUUGUCCGCGACGUCAUCGAACCCAUGGCUUCCGACGGUCUCAGAACCAUCUGCCUGGCUUACAAGGACUACGUCCCCUCGGACAAGAAGACCUCCGAAAAUCAGAUCGGAUACCAAUCGGAACCCGACUGGGAGAACGAGGAGCAGAUCGUUGGAGACAUGACCGCCAUCGCGAUCUUGGGUAUCCAGGAUCCGGUUCGACCCGAGGUCCCUGCCGCCAUCACCAAGUGCCAGGAAGCCGGAAUCACCGUCAGAAUGGUCACUGGUGACAACAUCAACACCGCCAGAUCCAUCGCCACCUCCUGCGGAAUCCUCAAGCCUGGAGAAGACUUCAUCGCCCUCGAAGGCAAGGAGUUCAACGCCAGAAUCCGUGACGAGAACGGCGAGGUCUCCCAGGAGAAGCUCGACCAGAUCUGGCCCAAACUUCGCGUGUUGGCUCGUGCUCAACCUUCUGACAAGUACACGCUUGUCAAGGGUAUCAUCGACUCCAGAAUCACGGAACAACGAGAGGUCGUCGCUGUCACCGGAGACGGAACCAACGAUGGACCUGCCUUGAAGAAGGCCGACGUUGGCUUCGCCAUGGGUAUUGCUGGAACUGACGUCGCCAAGGAGGCUUCGGACAUCAUCCUCACUGACGACAACUUCACCUCAAUCGUCAAGGCCGUCAUGUGGGGCAGGAACGUCUACGACUCGAUCGCCAAGUUCCUCCAGUUCCAACUCACAGUCAACGUUGUCGCCGUCGUCGUCGCCUUUGUCGGAGCCUGCGCCAUCCAGGACACGCCCCUGAAAGCCGUUCAGAUGCUCUGGGUCAACCUGAUCAUGGACACCCUUGCCUCCCUGGCUCUCGCCACGGAAAUGCCGACCAUGGAACUCCUCAAGCGCAAGCCCUACGGUCGUACCAGCCCGCUGAUCUCCCGCACCAUGAGCAAGAACAUCCUCGGUCACGCCCUCUACCAGCUGGUCGUCCUCUUCGUCCUGAUCUUCUACGGCGAGAACCUCUUUGGCAUUCCCAGUGGACGAUGGGCGCCGCUUCACUCGCCUCCUUCCGUCCAUUUCACGAUCGUCUUCAACACCUUCGUCAUGAUGACCCUGUUCAAUGAGAUCAACGCCAGGAAGAUCCAUGGCGAGAGGAAUAUCUUUGUGGUGAGUUUUUUGGUUUGUCCAAGCGAGACGCAUCUAUUUUUGAACCUUCCAGGGACUCUUCUCGAACCCGAUCUUCUACCUCAUCUGGAUCGCCACGUUCAUCUCCCAAGUUCUGAUCAUCCAGUUCGGUGGCCGCUGGUUCAGCACCUCGGCUCUCUCCGUCGAACAGUGGCUCUGGUGUCUGGCCCUCGGCGUCGGAACCCUCCUCUGGGGACAGGUAAUUUCAGUUCUCUUUACCUGUAGUUCGAUUCACUUGUAACAUGAGUGCUCCCGGGCGAAUCUUGAGAUCAAAACUUGAAUUUUAUCAUUUUCCAGGUCGUGACCUCGAUCCCCACCGGCUCUCUGCCCGCCAACAUGACGAUCGGAUCCGGCGAAGCUCCCGCCAACGACCCGCUCAUGCCCGACUACGAAGACCCGGACACGCACGAAAAACGCUCCGGGCAGAUCCUCUGGGUCCGCGGGCUGACCCGACUCCAGACUCAGGUUGGUCCCCGGAGCCUUGCGUUUGUCAGAAAGUUGGAUUGGACUUUGGAAUCAGAUUCAUUGUUGAAAGGAAAGAGAAAGGAAAAAGAACCCUGCCCUCAAAAUUUUGUAGGAGAAGAGUGUAUGAGGGAAAGAUAUGAGAAAAAUGAGCCGCAAUCGAGGAAAUGAUUCUCUAUGGACAAAAAUGAAAAAUUGAGCUUCUAACGCAAAUUUUCGAUUUUUCGAAUUUUUAUCGAGUUCUGUGAGUUUUUGGAGAGUUUGGAUGGACAAAAAAGCCAGUUUUGAUCAGGAAGUACAUUUUAUAAUCGAUCUAGAGCACUUGAAUUUUUUAUCCAACUCAUUUUUCUCGAUUUUUUCUUCUUCAUACACCCUCAAUUUCGGAUUUUUAUAAUUGUUGAGUGUCAACCAGUCGCUUUUUCAUGAUUAUAAUUUCCUAAAUGUGAACGUUUUUCAUACGUAUCAAUAACACUACGAGGAAACGACGACAUUCAUCGGAUUUAUGUUUUUUUCAGUUUUUUGAGUUUUUCUAUGAUUUUAUUUUUACUGUACUUCUUCCUCAGCUUUUUGGUCCGUCCUCUCAUUUUUUGCAUGCUACAAGGUUUUUUUGAAUUAUGAAUAGAAAAAUGGAAAAAUGAAAUUUGAGGGCAGAGGUUUCAUAAAAAAAAAGUUUGGAAGGAAAUUUGUCGAGCUUUUUUUUUCUUCUACUUCUUCUGAUGCGCCGAAGCUUUCGUGUUGUUAAUUUUCAAGGAAAAAUGGUGAUUCUGAAGGAAAUUACUCGAAAGAAUGGCUGGCAAUCGUUGUUGUUCUUUUUUUUCGAAAGUCUUGAAAAUUCGGCUUCAAAUCGGCAAUUUCUGACGAUUUCGGACCAAUUUUUGGGCCCUGAAUCGGCAGAAUUUGACAGUUUUGAGCCUUUUUUGGUUCUCAUUCAUUUUAUUCGCUUUUUCUAGGUUUUUCCAAGAAGUUAUGGGGAAAAGAAUUGAGUUGGCGCGUGCUUAAGUUAAGAAAAAAGUAUUUUUUUGAUUUUUUUUUUUAACCCAAGAGUUUUUUUUUUGAUUUCGACGCUCCGACCCCUGUUGAUUUUUUUUUUGUUUUCUUGUCCGUCCUUUACAAAAUACGUUUCUACCCAAUAUAUGAGUAUUAUAUAUAUUUUUCAUAAUUAUUUUUUGGCCGUGUAUGCGCAAGUUUUUAUUGAUUGGAUCAUAUCACGAGGAAUCAAGCUUUUGUGGGAUUUUUGGGCAGUUUUUUGGGUUUGAAGAAAUUUUUUCUCGAUUUCUUCACACUCUUGCUUCAUACGGUAAUUUACAUUGGAUUCAAUCUUUUUUUUUGGUUUCUGGAUGGCUUGGGACUUAUUUUCACUGUGAAAAAUUCAAUUCUGACUUUUUUGAAUCGGCUGGCGGAAAUUCUGAUUUUUAAACUUAGCCGUGGCUUAUUUCCAAUUACGAAAGGGAAACUUCGGCCGCGGCCUGAAAUUCCAAAUUAAAAAAAUUCGCUCUUGUUCAGAAUUUUGAUUUCGAUUUGGAAAAACCGGCCACACCUUGAAAAAUUGAUUUUAAAGCCAAUGUUCAAUCUUGGCUCAUAGUUCAAGGUUUUGAACCGAGAAAAAAAAAAUCGUGACCUGGUUUUCCAAAUUUUGGAAUUGGAAAACCCAGCCGCGGCCAAGUAUCAAGUCAUCUCUGAACCCAAAAAAAAAAUAUUUUCUAAGUUUUCCAAAUUUUAACCAAUGUACAUUACCGUGAAAAUUUUGAUGACGAAUGUGCUCGUUUUAUGCUGGAAAUGGUUGAUUUAACUGUAGUCAAUCUAUUAUUUUAUCAUUUCGGAGUAUUGUGAAUAGAUCGGCGCGCAAUGAUGAUGGGUUACGACGAGAAAUUUCAUAUAUACAUAUUUUUCCCCCUUUUAUGUGCUUACUGUGAAGUGUUCGGUAUAUAUAUAUAUAUAUUCUCUCUUUGUAGUAGUCGUUUUUUUGUCCUCGAAUACCAGCCGACAGCCAGCCAGUUCAAGAAAAUUCUUAGUUUUCCGAUGAUGGAAUGAAAAAUUUGGCUCAAAAUGAGCCAUAUUUUCUCAUUCCAUCAAGGUUUUUUUUUGUUCUAACAACCGCUUUCCCUAAUUUUGCUUCCGUGGUUUGAUGAGCACAAGAGUUGAGAGAAAAUCGAAUAUUUAAAAAUGUUAGAUCUGAAGAAGAGAAUAAUAUUGAAUGGUGAGACGGAAAAUGAGGCUGAAAGUCGUGGAAAUUAAAGUGAUUACUUGAGGGCUUUUUCUGUGAGCUCUGGGCCCUUUUGGAAGCUUGAAUUUAAGUUUAGAAGAAGCUCUGAGCCGCCAAGUGGCCACUUAAGAGGUUUCAAAAGUCUCUUCAAGUGGUCCCUUGGGCAGAAUUGUCUCUUUGGACACCUAGAUAAGGGUUAUCGGAACUCUGAGCCACCAAGAGAUGAAAAGAGUAAUUUUAAGCCUCUUUUUUAAAGGAAUUGAGAUUUUUUAGCUUCUGAGUGCGAAAAGAGACAUAAUUUACAAGUUCACAGGAAUUUUAAACUUCAAAAAAUGCAUAUUCAAAUGCCCUUGAGUAAUCUUCUUUUUUUUUCUUCAAUUUCAACGAUUUUUAGCCUCAAUUUUUUCCGUUGAUCCUAGUUAUUUGCUCGAUUGGCGUGAUGCACAUUUUGAGGGGUAUGUGCUUGCUUUUUUAUUUUGAUUUUGGUAAGGAAAUAUUCACAAAAUCACGAGCACAAUAUGGCAGGGUUUGACAUGAUAUGAUGAUGAUGAUGGAAUUAAUAUUGGUUUGUGGGGUUUUUUUUCAAGUUUUUUUUUUCAUUUUUAAUUUAUAUAUUUUUUUCAAAUCGUUUUAUUGAUUGUCCUGGAGUCCAUCAACGUCCGCGUCCAUAUGUUUUGUGUUUCACACAGAAGUACGUUCCGCAAUCACACAUUCACACAAUCACACAGUCACACACACACAAGCAGUAUAUAUUCACGUUUUGCACCUUUAUUUUGUACGUUUAUGUUCUUGUCACAAACGUUGAUAUCCAUGGUUCUGUUCGGUAUGUCUUAAAGAUAAAAAAUAACGAUACAAGAGUUUUAAGAAUUGGUACGAGAGGUUGAGCGGAAAAUAUGGAAGUUUAAACAAGUUUACUUUUUUUCCGAAGUGAAACGGACCAUUUUCCAUCAAGAUAUUUGAGAUUCAAAGACACGACCGAGUUUUCCAACUCUAAAGUUGGAUUCCCGACCGCGGCCUUUUUUUCCAAAUCAAAAACUUUAGGGUAGGCCGUGGCUGAAGUUUGGUAGUUCCAAAUAAGAAAAAUUUAUCAGUAGCUAAGUUUUUUUAGCCGAAAACUGGACUUUCAAGUCGUGGCCUGACUUUCCAACUCAAAAGUUUGAACUGAGACUUUCAACUUGAAAUUUGGGUUGGCCAAUUUUUUUCCGCUCAACUUCUCUUUCACCGUUUUUGGACUUUUCCAACGAUAAGAUUGUGUUGUGUCGCAAUAUUUCCUGAGUAAAUCUGACAUGCUGAAAUGAUAGAUAACUAUUUUUUAUUCAAUUUAAAAAACAGAAAAAAAAAGAUAAAAAGAUUGGUGAAACGGAGGUGUUUGGGGUGGCAAGUCUUGUUGUUUUUCUUGGUUCUGUUCCUUUAUUCUUUUUAUAUUUUCCUUUAGUGCUUUAUUUGCCGUUUUUCAUACAUCUCCCUACCCCGUUUUCAAUAUGAUACCUGUUUUACCCUCAAAAAAAAAGAGAGAUUACUGGAAAGUUGGAGAGUUAAAGAUAGAGAGAAUAACUAUCACUCUCCACCUUUUCCAUGAUCUCUAACCAUUUUGUAUACCUAUUUUGCUGUUUUUAUCUCCUCAAUAAUGUACUCAAGGGCUGUAUGAAUGAAAAAAUGAGUUCUCAGGGUUUUACGGACCGUAAACCUUCAUUCAUACGGCCUUUUCCCUUUCCUACUGUGCUUUAAUCCCGAAAAAGCUUCACUUAUUAUCUCAUUUCCUAAAUUUUCAUUGAUAUCACUUUUCAAAAAAGCUUAUUGGUUAAAAAAGCAUGCGCUUACUAACAAAUAAUAAUAUUCUCAAAUAGCCACGGCUUGAAAUCCACCUGGUUACAUUAGGAAUGGCUCGCUGCGAACAAAAAAUCCUGACGCGCGAAAGUCGUUUUUUGGUCGGGUGCAAGUUUUGAAUUGACCGCUUCGCAGCCGAGCCAUUCCCACUGCGAUCAACGUGUUUCGAGUCGUGGUCGAUCCACUAUAACUUGCAAAAAUCUCUUUAUUUCACAACUAACACUGGGGAAAUGAUCAAUUGAUUGCCACCAAUGAAAGAACAACAACCUUGCCAACCCACAAACACAAUUUUUGGUGUAAAUUCAAGUUUUUUUUUUGCUAUUCACGCCAAGUUCCGCUUGACUCAUCACACAUUGCAUUACAGUAACGAAGUUGAAAUGAUUAUCAGAUUUGAAAAAAUGCAAAUAUUCAAACGAAAUUGUAGAUGUCUUUGACAAAGUAAUCGUCAUUUAUGCUCAAUUUUUGACGGUUUUGAGUUGAUUUUCCGAAUUCCUGGCUGAAUUAUGGACCGGAAGUAGUAUUUUUUGUACAGUUAUCGGUUUUUAAAAGUCUUAUGGGAUCUUGAAAAGUUUCAAUAUAGAGAUUAGAAAGAAAAAAGAACUAGGCUAAGCUGAGAGAUCAACUGCGUUUGAAGAGACGCCAGAGAGACAGAGAAACUCGCUUUCUAUGGCGUCUCUUCUGACCCACUCGAUCUCUUGCUUCUACCACCGAGAUUACUUCAAUUUCGCUACUGUAAUGCACAGAUACUUUCACUUUCUUAACACGAACGCUAGGCCUGGACUUUGUUUUAUGCGACGAAUUUUCUUCCGACUUGACUUGCCCCAUCUGGAUUCUCCGAGAGAGCAACGAAUUACAGUUGCGAGUGGUGAAGGCGUUCCGAUCGUCGGUCGAUGAAGACGAGAGGAGGUCGAUCGCCUCGACGCACUCGGUGCAGUCGAUGCGCGGCCACUGGGGUCGCCAUGGAUCAUCGCCGGACCCGACGGGAGCCCGUGCGUCGCUCGCCGCACUGUCGCACCGACAGUCCCCGCAGCCUUACCCGUACUACCACCACCAGCAGCCCAGGACGCCCUCUCCUCAACCACACAUCAUCGUGGAGAAUGGAGGGUCGGCGGUGGCGGCGACGUCGCCGGUGACUGGAAACGGCAAAGUCGAAAAAGUGCCCCUCGUCCAGAAAUGGUCCCCCGACACCAACUCCUCCUACACGCAGACACAGCGUAGCAUCAACAAGAGCAUGUCCCUUGAUACGCCUGUUUCCGUUGCUCAUGUCUAG